CGAUUCAAGAGGUCUCCUCUCCCCCGUGGAUUUGAGAGCGAGCGAUAGCGACAAGAGGAGAGAGAGAGAGACAGAGAGGGAGAGAGGAGAGAGAAAUGGAGGUGGGUUUCGAUCUCGAAGACUCUUCUCCGCGAUCCUUCUCCUGCUACACAGAUCUCUUCGUUCCCGAUGGUUGAUGGUUUGGCGUCAAGGGAAUCUCUCUUCCAGCUUACACCUAUUUGUCUUUCAUCAAUCCAAGUGCAAAAAGGAAAUGCUUCUAUCCUAAACUGCCACUCCUUCCACAAUCAGAAUGUGGAACUUUGCAUCAAAUGCCAUUGCGGGAAGCUUAGGGAAAAAGCUGAUUUCAAAAAAGUGCUGCACUGCUAACCCCGACUGCUCCGACGAUGACUGUUCUUCGUGUGCCAGCCGAGAAGAAGGCCUCGAAUGCCCAAUAUGCUGGGAAUCCUUUAACAUUGUCGAGAACGUGCCGUAUGUCUUAUGGUGUGGCCACACCAUGUGCAAGAAUUGCAUCUUAGGGCUUCAAUGGGCUGUAAUCAAGUUCCCGACAGUACCCCUCCAGCUUCCUUUCUUCAUUUCCUGCCCAUGGUGCAACAUCUUGUCGUUCCGCUUUGUUUACAAAGGCAAUCUAACCUUCCCUCGCAAGAACUACUUCCUUCUCUGGAUGGUCGAGGGGAUGAAUGGCGAGCGGGCAAAAUCCCAGCCAUCGAUUCGCGGCGACCACCAUCCCGCGUGGCCUUCUAAUGCCCGUACGACCCUUGGAAGCACUGGGUACUUCAAUCAAGCCCAAAGAGCUUCACAUGCAGGAACCUCCGACUCCAACGGACGCCGUGUGGACCUCGUCGGAAAUCUCUUCAACGGAGAGAGGAUUCAAGCUUCCUUUCGCAAGUCGCUGGCGUUCUUAGUUCACUUGACCGCGAAGUUCCCGCUUGUAAUCAUCUUCCUCCUCAUAGUCUUAUAUGCAAUUCCCGCGAGUGCUGCAGUUCUAGUCUUGUACAUCCUAGUGACCGUCCUGUUCGCUUUGCCGUCCUUUCUAAUAUUAUAUUUCGCAUAUCCUAGCCUUGAUUGGCUUGUUAGAGAGAUUUUCACAUAGAGUUUUCCUUUCCAAGGAAAGGCAAAUUUGGUAAUAUUAGGCGCAUUUUAUGUGUGCAUGGAUGAUGUAAGUGAGAUAUGCAUUAUUAUUCAUGCUAGUUUGUAAUGUGGAGCUUUGUGUUUUGGUUCUUUACUGGUUGACUUUAUCUUCAUUAUUGGUUUAAUUGGAGUUUAGUGUUUUAUUAA